GCUUCUCUGCAGACCGCCGGGAGCUGAGGGUGGGACCCAGAGCGCAACCGGAGACCCGGGUCCCCGCCAUGGCCACAGCCAAGCCUCCCGGGCGUGGCUGUGGAGCCCUGCCCCGGUGGCUGCUCGGCGCUGCUCUGCUUCUGGGCCUGCGGCUCUGCAUGGAGUUGCGCCUCGCGGGCUCGGGACUCCCGGGCCGCCGCGAUCCCCCGGGGCCACCCCGGGCACACCUGCUGCCGGCGCCCGGCCCCCCUCGCGGAGCCAGAAGGAGGCAGGUGACCUACGUGCGCAGUGGGCGCAGAGCGCUGCCCCGGGGUGGCGGGAGCACGACGCCCCCAGAGCCGAGCUGCUGUGCCCAGCGCGGGCUUCCUCGCAGGAAGAGUCCCCGGUGGCACAUAGAGCUCCAGCCAUGGGCAGGCCCUUCUCGGUCCCUGGAUGAAGAAGCCUCAAGGUUCCUGAACUACAUCAGUACCAUUCAGAUUGCAUGCGAUCACGUGGGUACAGACAGCUUGGCUACUGACUCCAGCCCCGCACCGAAGCCCUGGCUGGUGUGCCUUGAUGACAGGUUUGGCUUAGUUCAUCAAAUCCGCAGCAAGCGGUGCCGCCUCUACUCUUUAGGGUUGGGGAGCGAUGACACACACUUUGAGGUGAGCAUGGCCAACAGAGGAUGUGAAGUGCAUCGUUUUGACCCUAGUGUCAAAUCAGCCCAUGUUCUGGAGAGCCAGCGCCUCUGGCAUCACCGCUUGUCCAUCGACUGGCGGGAUCCACAUCCAGCGGUGGCUGCUCAGAAGCCGCAUAGCAACACCAGAAAACUUGGAAGCAUUUUGAAUGAGUUUGGGCAUCACAAGAUUGAUGUUCUCAAGGCAGAUCUGGAAAGUGCAGAAUGGAAAGUUCUAGAAAACCUUAUUCUGGAGGAUGUCCUUGAGCAGAUCGGCCAGCUCAUCUUCGAGAUUCAUCUCCACUGGCCUGGUUUUGAGGUCAGCGGCAGCGAGAGCAGCGUGGUGCGGUUUUGGUACAGCCUCCUGAAGGAGUUGGAGCGGAAGGACUUCAGACUUUUUCACACCUAUAAAGACUUAUCGAAACCUCAGCUUUUCCUGAAGAAGGACCUUUUCAAUGCUAGCAGCUGUUAUACCUUGAGUUGGGUGAACACAAGAUGGAGGUGAGACGAAGCCUCAGGCUCAACACAAAGAAACGUUUGCACAUGGAUGCGUCUGUGCUUCCAGUCCCCACUGGCUUGUCGCUUGCUUGAGGCAGGGCUUGUGCUACUGUCUCUGCAGUACAUGACGAAGCCUUGAGCUUGGCAAUUGACAGCGACAUGGAUGAACCUUUACUUGCCCAGACUGAGACCUUUGCCUUCUUUGCCUUUGACAGAGCGGGAGUGUGUCCCUUCACUGUCCUGUGGACGUAGAAAAACCCUGCACAUGCCAGCGUGUAGUUUUCUUAAAAUUCAUUAUGUAUCUAUAGCUCAUGAAUUUACAUUAAAAUGAAAUUUUAUUAUUGCAUA